GUCUGCUGGACGUGGUGUGCGCCAUUCGAACCGAACGCCGAUGCUGUGUUGUACAUAUUGUUUAUAUAUAGAAAGAUAGAACAUCGCUGUGUUCCCAAAGUGUGAGUGUGUGUGUGCGAGUGUCUGGUGGAUUUCAAAUUGGAAUUGGAAGAGGAAUACGUGUGUAUAUGCGCUGCACCAUCAGCAGCAGUUUCAAAUAAUGCCACUGGCUGAAUAUAUGAAUAUAUCCUAAUUACACAUUUUCCGAUCCAUUGUGCCCGACGAAUACGCGUAAUUACCAGCGGAAAAUUUCAUUUCAGUGAAUCGGAAACGGAAAAAAUUCAAAUUUUUACCGUCGUUUGUGUGCGGCGUUUGUUCUAAAUAUAAAUAAUAAAAAUAAAAAAAAAAUAAAUCGCUUUCGGCUAAUGCCGCCUCGAAAAUACCCAUCCGACAAUACUGCGCCCUAAUCCUACACAGCAAGUCCUGCCAGUCCCAUGCCAAAGUGGCCCGGUUUCGGCUAAUCGGCUAAUUAUAUAGUGAGACCUGAGACCCGAGCAUGGAGAGAUCGCCAGCAGCCAAUGCCGCGGAGCCUCCUGGCGAGGAUGAGGUGCCAGCAGCGGGCCACCGACCACCGCCUCGCAUCACGUUCAGCGAGAACUCUAGUUCCCUGAUCCGCUGCAUCCCCAACGAACGGGCCACGUUCUUCGUGAAGAUCGACUGCGCCGAAGAGGAUGAGCCCGAGCUGCUGCCCUUCAAAUUCGAGUGGAGCCGAGGUGAGAUUCCCAUUGAGAACUCCGACCGCUUCCGCAUCACGGCCACCAGCAAUGCCGUCCAACUGGCCGUGGAGCAUGUGCAGCGGGAGGACGCCGGCCACUACACGCUGUUCGCCCGGACGAAGAGCCAGGAUGUGGUGCGCAGGCACGUCGAGCUCAUCGUGGAGGACAGAUCCACAGGCGACGAUCCGCCGGUGUUCCUGCGCCGCCUGCCCGAUCUAUCCGUUAAAGUGGGCACCCGGACACGCCUCCUAACCGAAAUACGCAGCUCAACAGAUCUUAAGCUCACCUGGUACAGAAAUGACCGGAGAGUGUGCGCAAACGACCGCAUCACGGAGGUCAAUGAGGGCACCUUUCACUACUUGGAGAUUAGUCCCGUGACGCUGGACGACGGCGGUCAGUGGAUGCUAAUGGCGGAGAACUUUGGUGGACGCAACUCCUGCCUGGGAACGCUGAAUGUCCUGGUGCCGAAGGCCUACAAAACACCCGAAUUCGUGGAGGAACUGCGUGCGGUGCUCACGGAGCAGGGAACCGUCUCGCUGGAGUGCAAGGUGGUGGGUGUGCCCACACCUCAUUUGCGCUGGUUCAAGGACUCCAAGGAGAUCAAGGCCGGUGACAUGUUCGCGCUGACCGCCAACGCAGAUGACCCCACCUCGCUGGGCACGUACACGUGUGAGGCGCGCAACUGCAUGGGCGUCACCUACUCCAGUUCCAAGGUGCAUGUGGUGGGACGUGGAAGUCGCGAGGGAUCUCUCAAGCCAGCGGACAGCGUGGCAGGCAAUGCUCCGCCUCCGAUAUUCACGAACGAACUGCGAGACAUGAGCCUGCUCAUCGGGGAGACCAUCAUUCUCGGCUGUCAAGUGGUGGUGCCGCCGUGGCCGAAAAGCGUCUGCUGGUACAACGCGAGCGGAAGAGUGGAGACCGCCGAGCGGUACAAGCUGAUCGAGGACGGCCUGGGCGUCUACAUGAUCGAGGUGAAGCCGUCGGAAUCCUGCGAUGCCGGCGAAUGGAAAUGCGUGGUGACCAGUUUCGACGGCAGCAUGGGCAUUUCGACAUGUUCCGUAGCCAUGGACAUACCUAGGAACUAUCGCAAGCCCAGGUUCAUGGAGAGUCUGCGCGCCGUGCUCACCGAGGAGGGACUGGUGUCCUUCGAGUGCAAGGUGGUUGGCUUUCCCACGCCCGUGCUCAAGUGGUUCAAGGAUGGCCACGAACUGAAGCCGGGUGAUGUCUACCAGCUGACGGGCACCAACUCACUGGGCACCUACUGCUGCAUUGCGCGCAAUUGCAUGGGUGAAACCAGCAGCACUGCCGUCCUCACCGUGGAGGACAUUCAGAACCAGCUGACCGACGAGGAGAGACUUGUCUUCACUCAACAGAAUCAGAACCAAGCGCCAAAGUUUCUAACUGGACUGAAAAGCACGGAUGCUAAGAUCAACGAACCCUUUCAGUUCAAGGUGGUGGUGAAGGCCACUCCGGAUCCAAUACUCUCCUGGUUCCGGGACGAGCUGCCCAUUGAUCCGAACGAAAGAUAUAACCAUUAUCGGGGUGAAAACGAAGACUGGCUGCUGGACAUCAAGUCCGUGGAGUUUGUGGAUCAAGCGGAGUGGAAGUGCGUGGCCGUGAAUGAUUUCGGCACCAGCAUCACUUCCUGUUUCCUAAAGCUGCAGAUACCGCGGCACUACAAGAAACCCCGCUUCCUGGAAUCCCUGCGAGCUGUGCUCACUGAAGAGGGAGCCGUAAAUCUGGAGUGCAAGGUCAUCGGAGUUCCUCAGCCCGCGCUCAAGUGGUACAAGGAUGGGGUGGAGCUGAAGCCGGGCGAUAUUCACCGGAUUAUUUCUGGCCAGGAUGGCACCUGCUGCCUGGGCACUUACACGUGUGAAGCGAAGAACUGCAUGGGUAUCGUGGCCAGUUCGGCCUCGCUUCUGGGCUUCGAGGAUGCCCAAAGAAGUCAGCAGCAAAAGAGCGAGCAACAUCACGAGAAUGAGCUACAAAGGAAUUAUUCCCUGUCUACUAUCCAGGAGGAGCGCACCUCUCAGCUGUACGAGACGCCAGUCGGUGAUAUAACCAUCGAUGAAAAGGGCGACGUGUCCUUCUCCUUCGACGGCAAGGAGGUAUCGGUUUCACUCUACGAGACUCCCGAUCUCACGGAGGAGGAAGCCCUGAAGAUUGUGGAGAUGUAUGCCGAUCAAAUUUCGGAGCAUGUUACUGAGCACAACAUCGUCGAGCUGCCACCACUGCGGUUCGUCAAGGAGACCUCGCAAUCGGGAAAACUCCUGAUGGAAGCGGUGGUCAUCGACAUUUCACCUGAAUACUUUACAGUCGAGGACGAUAUGCGAACUGAGGCUGAUAUGGAUGACAUUUCCAUAAACGAGAUUACGGUACACGGCUCUUCCGGAAGAGAAGGCCGAGUGGACAGAGAGACCGAGCAGUAUGUUCAGCAGUCCUUUGACAAAAUGGAGGAAGAACUGUCGCUAUCAGCUCCAAUUCGAAAGCGAAAAAAGUCCAAGCCCACGGAAACGGAUGAGUUCUUUAGCUUAUCCAAAGCCUCCGGCAGCCAAGGUGAGGAGGAGACAUCCGAUUUGCAAACCUUUGCCAGUGCCCAGAUGUCCGCAUCACAAAAAGCCGCCUCUGGUGCACAGACAAGUCCGGAGAAGGACAAGGAUUCAGUGGCACCGCCAAAGCGCAAGAAGUCCAAAAAACCCACAGACACCGAUUCCUCCAAGACAACAGAGGAUGAUGCUCGUCUGCAGGAUAUUUCGGGAGCAGUGGGAGACGGACUGAUGGUAACAACAUCCUCCCAUGCAAAGGUUGUUUCCGAUGAGAAUGAGAUCAAUAAAAAUCUGAUUGCCCUCGUUCCGCUCGCAAAGUUGCUAAAGGUUAUCGACAAUCAUUUGAGUGCCGUCGAGAAUGAGGUGAUGGAACAGUCCACCAUGAUGAUGACCCCGUCGGCAGCGGAUCAGAGCAUAGCCAUCAUCCGCAACAUAAUCGAGCCCAUCAAGCAAAUCGAAUCGAAAUUAAGGGUAUACUCUGGUGAGACCCAAAUCGACGCCCUCAUCCAAUCGAUGGAUGAGGAUAUCCGACGACUGCACAUGGGUCUCCAGGUCAUUGAAAAGUGCGUGGAGAUCGACGAGACUGGAGCCACGCUCAUCCAACGCACCAGUGUCUGCAUCAUUGACAGCGUGGCGGAGCAAAUGAAGAGAGCCCUGGAAGAGCUGAAAAUCGUUAGCAGGAAGUUCGAAUCGGAGUGUCUACGAGCCCAAAUCGAACUGACUGCCGAUGACAUCCAACAGGGAUUAGAGAUCACGCAGGGCACGAUUAAAUCGCAGGCUCUUCUGCAGGAGGCGCAAGAACUGGAGGCAGCAAAGCAUUUUUCGGAAACGGUUGAAAAAAUGCAAGAAGUGCCCGAUUCCAUGUCCUUCGCCACCAUAUCGGAGGCCAAUCUGCCCAGCGAAGCAAGCGCUCUAAAGGACAUUUGUCAGCCGGUGGCAAAGAUACAGGAAGCCCUGGAGCGUGUCGAAAUGGAACUAUCGCUGGAGGAGUCCGAGGAGCAAAUCUACAAGAAGGUGCACCAAAAGGUGCUGGAGAGCAUUGUGGAGCCGAUUAAGCAGCUACAAUCCACUCUGCAGUCCAUUGAAGAUAAGACUGAGUCCCUCGCAGGAUCCGAGUCAAUUGAGCAAAAAAUAAACAUGGCCAUUCUGGAUAUCGUUACGCCCCCUCUUUUCGAGCUCAAAAAGGGUCUAGAAGUAAUCCUUAGUGAAAAAUCAGGAAGUGUGGAGGGAGGAAUGCUGACAGUUAGCACUGUGGAAUCGAUGGUGCCCCCCUUGCAGGAGAUUCAAAACGGCCUGGCGCAACUGGGCCAAGAACUGGAAAGUGGUCAGGACUCCGUGCCUCAGGAGCAACUGCGAUCUGAGCCAGUAAUGGGUGUUGCUGAUACCCAGAAACUCUUACAAUCAUUUGCCCAGGCUGUCUUACAUUUUGAGACGAACAUCGAGAGGAUCUCUGGCCGACUCUCCCCCAACGUUAAAAUUCGCUUGCUGAACCUAAAAGAUGAACUCUCUGCUCUAAUUGGCUCAAUUUUGGAAAGGGAAAUUACCGGACAUCAUGUUGAAUUGCUGGACAGACUAAAGCGACCCGUCGACGAGCUAAACUACUGCUUCCGUCAGACAGAGGUCAAGAAUAUGACUGGGUCCUUAGCCGACCUGAUUGAACCACUGAGUAUGCUACAGGAGAACACCCAAAAAGGUCACCAACGUUUGCUAGUCGCUCGGGAACCCGAUCAGCAGGCUCUUCAGACGCUGGACAACAUACGCAGUCUCAUUCGCAACGUGGUCAUCGAUAUAGAAGAGCACGAGUUUAAGAUCCUACAGCAAGAGAUUCAACAGGAUGAGGAGCAAGCGUCACAGCAGCAGGACAAAUCUUUUAGCGCACUGCGAAAAGUGCUGGAGACCAAGGUGUCCCUGGAGGAAGCAGUUGGGAACAUAGAAACGCUGCAGGAAGCCUUAAACAAAAUCAGUGAAAGCCCCAAGGCUUCUGAAAGAGUGAAGAGCUCCUCAAACGAAGCACAAGUUUACCUUCUUCGCAUCCUGCAAAUUGCUAAAGGACUGGCGACAUUUAGUGAGGCAGAGACAACACUCGACGUCAACGAGGCCAAUACGACUAGAAUUCUCUUCGAGUGUGGCAAAAGUUUUGCUGACUUGGCUAAAGCCCUACACAGUCCCGAAUCCCUGACUGAGAGUGAGUUCAUAAAUGCACUGAAUCAGUUUGGUGACAUUGUUGGCCAACAAAAGGAGUCUAUGGAUGAAAAGCUAUCCAUUGCCAGUCCGCUUUCCAGUCUGAUUCAUGUGCUCCAAAAUCUGAAGCCCCCGCGAGCUUCAAUGGAGGACUUAUCCACCUUGGAUGAUGUGUCAGUGCUUAAGUCAGUCGAAGAGUCUUUGCCCACUGAUCCGGAAGCGGAAGUGCCUAAAGGUCCCGAGAAACCAUCGACUGUUGCUGUCCUACUGUCCGACUUGAACCAGGGAAUCACAUCGGUUCUUUCGCAUAGCGAAGAUCCUGACGUUGUUUCCCUAUCGGGAACAGCUGCACAGCAGGUACAGGCAGCCCUCGUUAAGAUGCAAGAGCUGCAAAGUAGCUUGGCGGUGGUUCAGGAAACCAACUUGGUGGAAGCGGCUCACUCGAUGUCAGAGGCCAGUCAACAGGGAACCUUCGCCGAGGCACUCUGCAGCUUGGAGCGCUGUGUUCUUCAGGUGGAGGAGUGCUUGGCCCACAGUGGCGUCGAGAGUUUGACCGAUCUUGAAUUGUCCAAGCUUAAGACUUUGGCCACUCCAUUGCACGAUGUGAGGCAAUACUGCGAGCAGAUCGAUGUGCAACUCUUGGAAAAUGUCAUUGAUAUAUCUACUCAGGGAGAUAUCUCUGAACUUAAGAGCAGUGGUCAUCAGCAAACCGUAUCAGAUCACAUCCAGGAAGUAGCCGUUGUGGAGGAAGAGCCGCAAGUGGAGGUUUUCGAUAUACAACAAGGUGUCGCCAGUGGCAUCAAGCAAUUAGAAGCCUGUCUGGAAGUUACCCAGACAGAUGCCAAUAAAGAGCUACAGCAAGUUGGCAAAAUAAUGGAGCAACUGAAGUCAGAUCUGGAGAACAUACAGAUCGCCCUUGUCACUGAUACCGUGCAACAGGAAACCGUUCUGGCCCAAGCGCAAAUAGCUCGCACCAUGUUCAGAUUGAAGGAGUGCUUGGUGCACACCUAUGAAUCUGGCUUGGUGGACUCCUUGGAGAACGUAGAGAGUGCCUUUGAAGACAUACUGCUUUCGUUACCAAUUCUGGAAACUCAGUUGGCCGAGGAAAUGUUCGCCAAAAUCGAAAAGGCAUUCGCCAACUUUGUUGCGUACUGUGAGCGCCCAGAAGCUGUGGACUAUCAAAAAUUAAAGACUCUAAAGCAACCUAUUGAGAAUCUAGUAGGUUCCAUUGGAGCUGUAGCCGCCCAGCCCACCGUAGAUGUCGACAAAUCAUCUUCGGUUGUUGUUCAGCUUCAGACUAGUCUAAUGGCUGCUUUCCGUAGCAUAAACGAUGCCAGCGAGCAGAUUAGUAACGAAGUCUUAGGUGGUCUUUUGAAGACGCAAAGCAGCUUAGUAGCUGUCUUUGAUUUUAUUGAGGGCAAUGACAAUACAAUUCGUGUCAUCGAACUUUUACAGGAAAUGGAUUCGAUCACUGCGGAAUUAAAGGCAUUGUCCGAAAUUCAUGUUGAACCCACGGUGCCAAUCGAUAUAGGCAUAAUUAUUGAAAACGUUUCGUCUGGAAAGGCGUUCCUUACCGAAAUCGUGGAAGGACUUCGAGCCAAUAACCCGACAUGUAUUCUUUUGCUAGAUGAAAAUACGGAUGACAUUGCUCAGUUAGAGGCAACUCUUGUGCAAAUAGAGAAUGAAAUCCUUUCUCAACCUCAACUCACUCAGAUAACCACUAAGCAGUUUGCUCUCAUAGAUGCACUGCAGCUGCAGAUCAGUAAUCUUCAGGAAAAACUUAACAAACUGAACGUGUUUCUUUCCGAACUUCAAAGUCAAUCGGAUGUCUCUUCUCCUGAAUCUGCGCUGGAUACUGACAUAGAUAUUAAAGAAGGAUCAGGAAGCCAGGAAGACAUUGAGCCCGAGGCUAAAAGACCCAAAAUGCUGGAAUCCGAGCAACAACUGGAUUCUUACAAACAAACCGAAACUCAACAAGAAGUGCCUAAGGAAACGGAUGAUGAAACCAAGAAGGAGAUUGAACCUGAAUCAAAACUACAAAACCAAAAAGAGUUGGUUACUAAAAAAGAUGAACAGAAGGCAGAUAAAGUAUCUGAACCUCAAGACAGGGAACAGCAAUUGGAAAAAGAGGUGGAUGAUGCACAAAAACCAACUGAAGUUGUGUCUCAAAAGGCAUCCCCUGAAAAUAUUUUGGAAGCCCUAACGGAAAAAUUAUCCCAAUCUCCUAACAAUGCAUCGCAAAAUGAUGAAAUUAAAACAAUCAUGACAGAAUGCCAAGAUAUUUUGGAUAAUAUUGAUAAUAUCGAAAAAGUCUCAAAGUCUAUAUUUAAGUUAAGAGAGCACAUUGUUCAUACCUAUGAUGGCAAACCACCAGAGGAACAGACCGAGAAGGAACUUGUUGAAGAACUUAUUGAAUCCCUCUUUGAAUCCUGUCCAGAAGCCACUGAGCUCGUUAUUCAAACCUACAUUAAAGAAAUUAAAACCAACAUUAUUUUAACAAAAGCGGCAAUUCAACUUAUUGACGAUAGCAACAUGUUCACAAAGCCGUCUCUGCUAGUUCCCAAAAUGGUAAAUCUCGAAAAACUUUCAGAAUUAACUCAAGGGGUGAAACUUGUUGAUAAGUCAUCGAAAGAAAUGAUUGACUUGCAACAGAAUUUAAUGAAUAUAUUUAUUAUACUUGAUGACCUUCUGGAUGAAAGAACAGAAAAAAUUAAUCCGAAAAUAGAGGAAAUAAAAAAAAUAUUACUGAGUGAAUAUGACUAUAUUGAGAAAAAAGAUGGACAACUUCAUACUGCUGUGGUUAAUGGAAAAAUAAAAUUAAUUACUGAAAAGAUUCUUGAUAUUUGUGAAGAGUUCAAACAAAUUAUUGAAAGUCAAAACCAAAAUAAGGAUGCAGCAGGAGAUAUCAAAAAGUCUGAAACUGAAGAUGUCGUUGACCAUUCAAUACAAAGGAAGAUUGAAGAAUCCAAGAUAUCUGAAAAAAAGGACUUGGAUAAGCAAGUCCUGGAAGAAAAAGAACUAGAGGCACGUGCUCAAAAACAAGGUGAUCAGGAUGUCGAAAAGAAGUCCGAGAAGCCAGAAGUAUCUGAGGUCGUAGCUGAGAAGAUAUCUGAAGAAAAGGUUGAAGAACCAAAGAAACCUGAAGUAAAGGACACUGAAGUUAAAUCAGAGACAGCCACAGCCUUGGAUAAGCAAGUCCUGGAAGAAAAAGAACUAGAGGCACGUGCUCAAAAACAAGGUGAUCAGGAUGUCGAAAAGAAGUCCGAGAAGCCAGAAGUAUCUGAGGUCGUAGCUGAGAAGAUAUCUGAAGAAAAGAUUGAAGAACCAAAGAAACCUGAAGUAAAGGACACUGAAGUUAAAUCAGAGACAGCCACAGCCUUGGAUAAGCAAGUCCUGGAAGAAAAAGAACUAGAGGCACGUGCUCAAAAACAAGGUGAUCAGGAUGUCGAAAAGAAGUCCGAGAAGCCAGAAGUAUCUGAGGUCGUAGCUGAGAAGAUAUCUGAAGAAAAGAUUGAAGAACCAAAGAAACCUGAAGUAAAGGACACUGAAGUUAAAUCAGAGAAAGCCACAGCCUUGGAUAAGCAAGUCCUGGAAGAAAAAGAACUAGAGGCUAGUGCACAAAAACAAGGUGAUCAGGAUGUGGAACAGAAGUCCCAGAAGCCAGAAGUAUCUGAGGUCGUAGCUGAGAAGAUAUCUGAAGAAAAGAUUGAAGAACCAAAGAAACCUGAAGUAAAGGACACUGAAGUUAAAUCAGAGACAGCCACAGCCUUGGAUAAGCAAGUCCUGGAAGAAAAAGAACUAGAGGCACGUGCUCAAAAACAAGGUGAUCAGGAUGUCGAAAAGAAGUCCGAGAAGCCAGAAGUAUCUGAGGUCGUAGCUGAGAAGAUAUCUGAAGAAAAGAUUGAAGAACCAAAGAAAACUGAAGUAAAGGACACUGAAGUUAAAUCAGAGAAAGCCACAGCCUUGGAUAAGCAAGUCCUGGAAGAAAAAGAACUAGAGGCUAGUGCACAAAAACAAGGUGAUCAGGAUGUGGAACAGAAGUCCCAGAAGCCAGAAGUAUCUGAGGUCGUAGCUGAGAAGAUAUCUGAAGAAAAGAUUGAAGAACCAAAGAAACCUGAAGUAAAGGACACUGAAGUUAAAUCAGAGACAGCCACAGCCUUGGAUAAGCAAGUCCUGGAAGAAAAAGAACUAGAGGCUAGAGCACAAAAACAAGGUGAUCAGGAUGUGGAACAGAAGUCCCAGAAACCAGAAGUAUCUGAGGUCGUAGCUGAGAAGAUAACCGAAGAAAAGAUUGAAGAACCAAAGAAACCUGAAGUAAAGGACACUGAAGUUAAAUCAGAGAAAGCCACAGCCUUGGAUAAGCAAGUCUUGGAAGAAAAAGAACUAGAGGCUAGAGCACAAAAACAAGGUGAUCAGGAUGUGGAACAGAAGUCCCAGAAACCAGAAGUAUCUGAGGUCGUAGCUGAGAAGAUAUCUGAAGAAAAGAUUGAAGAACCAAAUAAACCUGAAGUAAAGGACACUGAAGUUAAAUCAGAGACAGCCACAGCUUUGGAUAAGCAAGUCCUGGAAGAAAAAGAUCUAGAGUUUAGUCCACAAAAGCAAGGUGAUCAGGAUGUCGAACAGAAGUCCCAGAAACCAGAAGUAUCUGAGGUCGUAGCUGAGAAGAUAUCUGAAGAAAAGAUUGAAGAACCAAAUAAACCUGAAGUAAAGGACACUGAAGUUAAAUCAGAGACAGCCACAGCCUUGGAUAAGCAAGUCCUGGAAGAAAAAGAUCUAGAGGCUAGUUCACAAAAGCAGGGUGAUCAGGAUGUGGAACAGAAGUCCCAGAAACCAGAAGUAUCUGAGGUCGUAGCUGAGAAGAUAUCUGAAGAAAAGAUUGAAGAACCAAAGAAACCUGAAGUAAAGGACACUGAAGUUAAAUCAGAGACAGCCACAGCCUUGGAUAAGCAAGUCCUGGAAGAAAAAGAACUAGAGGCUAGAGCACAAAAACAAGGUGAUCAGGAUGUGGAACAGAAGUCCCAGAAACCAGAAGUAUCUGAGGUCGUAGCUGAGAAAAUAUCUGAAGAAAAGGUUGAAGAACCAAAGAAACCUGAAGUAAAGGACACUGAAGUUAAAUCAGAGACAGACACAGCCUUGGAUAAGCAAGUCCUGGAAGAAAAAGAUCUAGAGGCUAGUUCACAAAAGCAGGGUGAUCAGGAUGUCGAAAAGAAGUCCCAGAAACCAGAAGUAUCUGAGGUCGUAGCUGAGAAGAUAACCGAAGAAAAGAUUGAAGAACCAACGAAACCUGAAGUAAAGGACACUGAAGUUAAAUCAGAGACAGCCACAGCCUUGGAUAAGCAAGUCCUGGAAGAAAAAGAACUAGAGGCUAGAGAACAAAAACAAGGUGAUCAGGAUGUGGAACAGAAGUCCCAGAAACCAGAAGUAUCUGAGGUCGUAGCUGAGAAGAUAACCGAAGAAAAGAUUGAAGAACCAAAGAAACCUGAAGUAAAGGACACUGAAGUUAAAUCAGAGAAAGCCACAGCCUUGGAUAAGCAAGUCCUGGAAGAAAAAGAACUAGAGGCUAGAGCACAAAAACAAGGUGAUCAGGAUGUGGAACAGAAGUCCCAGAAACCAGAAGUAUCUGAGGUCGUAGCUGAGAAGAUAACCGAAGAAAAGAUUGAAGAACCAAAUAAACCUGAAGUAAAGGACACUGAAGUUAAAUCAGAGAAAGCCACAGCCUUGGAUAAGCAAGUCCUGGAAGAAAAAGAACUAGAGGUUACUGCACAAAAGCAAGGUGAUCAGGAUGUGGAACAGAAGUCCCAGAAACCAAAAGUAUCUGAGGUCGUAGCUGAGAAGAUAUCUGAAGAAAAGAUUGAAGAACCAAAUAAACCUGAAGUAAAGGACACUGAAGUUAAAUCAGAGAAAGCCACAGCCUUGGAUAAGCAAGUCCUGGAAGAAAAAGAUCUAGAGGCUAGUUCACAAAAGCAGGGUGAUCAGGAUGUGGAACAGAAGUCCCAGAAACCAGAAGUAUCUGAGGUCGUAGCUGAGAAGAUAUCUGAAGAAAAGAUUGAAGAACCAAAGAAAACUGAAGUAAAGGACACUGAAGUUAAAUCAGAGAAAGCCACAGCCUUGGAUAAGCAAGUCCUGGAAGAAAAAGAACUAGAGGCUAGAGCACAAAAACAAGGUGAUCAGGAUGUGGAACAGAAGUCCCAGAAACCAGAAGUAUCUGAGGUCGUAGCUGAGAAAAUAUGUGAAGAAAAGGUUGAAGAACCAAAGAAACCUGAAGUAAAGGACACUGAAGUUAAAUCAGAGACAGACACAGCCUUGGAUAAGCAAGUCCUGGAAGAAAAAGAUCUAGAGGCUAGUUCACAAAAGCAGGGUGAUCAGGAUGUCGAAAAGAAGUCCCAGAAACCAGAAGUAUCUGAGGUCGUAGCUGAGAAGAUAACCGAAGAAAAGAUUGAAGAACCAACGAAACCUGAAGUAAAGGACACUGAAGUUAAAUCAGAGACAGCCACAGCCUUGGAUAAGCAAGUCCUGGAAGAAAAAGAACUAGAGGCUAGAGCACAAAAACAAGGUGAUCAGGAUGUGGAACAGAAGUCCCAGAAACCAGAAGUAUCUGAGGUCGUAGCUGAGAAGAUAACCGAAGAAAAGAUUGAAGAACCAAAGAAACCUGAAGUAAAGGACACUGAAGUUAAAUCAGAGAAAGCCACAGCCUUGGAUAAGCAAGUCCUGGAAGAAAAAGAACUAGAGGCUAGAGCACAAAAACAAGGUGAUCAGGAUGUGAAACAGAAGUCCCAGAAACCAGAAGUAUCUGAGGUCGUAGCUGAGAAGAUAACCGAAGAAAAGAUUGAAGAACCAAAUAAACCUGAAGUAAAGGACACUGAAGUUAAAUCAGAGAAAGUCACAGCCUUGGAUAAGCAAGUCCUGGAAGAAAAAGAACUAGAGGCUAGUGCACAAAAGCAAGGAGAUCAAGAUGGAAAAUCUCGAGAAGUUAUUAUUAUGACAUUGAAAGAUAGGCUCACAGAAUUAUCUAAAGCAUUAGGCUCUAGUGCCGAUGAAAUUUUGACAGAAAGUCGGGAAAUUGUGAAUAACCUUGAAGAUGAUGAAGUAGUGGCAAAACUUUUAUUCAAAUUAAGAGACCAUAUAGUUCACACCUAUGAUGGAAAAAGAGGAAAAGAUAAUAAAGAAAAAAAACUCUUCGAAUCCUUUAUUGAAUCGCUGUGUGAGGCCUCAACUGAAGCAGCUGAGCAAGUAAAACUCAACUAUCUUAAGGAAAUUAAAACCAAUAUGAUUUUAACAAAAGCUACUAUUCAACUAAUCGACGACUCUAAUAUGUUCACCAAACUGUCCUUAUUAAUCCCCAAAAUUUUAAAUUUGGAGAGAGUUGCUGUUAAAAUUCAAUCAGAAACAUAUGUUGAUAAGUCAUCGGAAAAAAUGAUUAGUUUGCAACAGAGUCUUAUGGAUAUUUUCGUAAUUCUGGAUGACUUUUUAGAUGAGGAGACGGAAGUUUUAAAACCAAAAAUUGAAAAUAUUAAAACUACGUUGCUCAGUGACUAUGAUUAUAUUGAAAAAAAAGAUGGACCCCUCUUAACGGCUGUAAUAAAUGGAAAGAUUAAAGUUGUUUCCCACAAUAUCUUAACUAUUAUUGAAGAAGUGAAACAAUUGACUGAAGGACACGCCCAAAAGGAUCAAGACGAGAAGCGAGAAGAAAGCCAAGAGGAGGAGGUUAAGGACUCUGAGGCCAAGCCCAAGAAAGCGAAGGUUUUGGAGAAGAAAUCAAUCGAAGAGGAGAAACUUGGAGACAAGAAAGAAAAACAGACGGAGUCCGCUAUUGAUAAAAAAUCUCAAAAGGCUGAGGUGUCCGAAACUGUCUCCAAAAAGAUUACUGAUGAGACGGCAGAAGAAAGCCAAAAGGAGGAGGUUAAGGAAUCUAAGGCCAAGCCCAAGAAAGCGAAGGUUUUGGAGAAGAAAUCAAUCGAAGAGGAGAAACUUGAAGACAAGAAAGAAAAACAGACGGAGUCCGCUAUUGAUAAAAAAUCCCAAAAGGCUGAGGUGUCCGAAACUGUCUCCGAAAAGAUUACUGAUGAGACGGCAGAAGAAAGCCAAGAGGAGGAGGUUAAGGAAUCUGAAGCCAAGCCCAAGAAAGCGAAGGUUUUGGAGAAGAAAUCUAUCGAAGAGGAGAAACUUGAAGACAAGAAAGAAAAACAGACGGAGUCCGCUAUUGAUAAAAAAUCCCAAAAGGCUGAGGUGUCCGAAACUGUCUCCGAAAAGAUUACUGAUGAGACGGCAGAAGAAAGCCAAAAGGAGGAGGUUAAGAAAUCUGAAGCCAAGGCCAAGAAAGCGAAGGUUUUGGAGAAGAAAUCAAUCGAAGAGGAGAAACUUGGAGACAAGAAAGAAAAACAGACGGAGUCCGCUAUUGAUAAAAAAUCCCAAAAGGCUGAGGUGUCCGAAACUGUCUCCGAAAAGAUUACUGAUGAGAAGGCACAAGAAAGCCAAAAGGAGGAGGUUAAGGACUCUGAAGCCAAACCAAAGAAAUCGAAGAUUUUGGAGAAAAAAUCAGUCGAAGAAGAGAAACUUGAAGACAAGAAAGAAAAACAGACGGAAUCCGCUAUUGAUAAAAAAUCCCAAAAGGCUGAGGUGUCCGAAACUGUCUCCGAAAAGAUUACUGAUGAGAAGGCACAAGAAAGCCAAAAGGAGAAGGUUAAGGACUCUGAAGCCAAACCAAAGAAAUCGAAGAUUUUGGAGAAAAAAUCAGUCGAAGAAGAGGAACUUGAAACAGUCUCCGAAAAGAUUACUGAUGUGAAGGCAGAAGAAAGCCAAAAGGAGGAGGUUAAGGAAUCUGAAGCCAAGCCCAAGAAAGCGAAGGUUUUGGAGAAGAAAUCAAUCGAAGAGGAGAAACUUCAAGACAAGAAAGAAAAACAGACGGAGUCCGCUAUUGAUAAAAAAUCCCAAAAGGCUGAGGUGUCCGAAACUGCCCCCGAAAAGAUUACUGAUGAGAAGGCACAAGAAAGCCAAAAGGAGGAGGUUAAGGACUCUGAAGCCAAACCAAAGAAAUCGAAGAUUUUGGAGAAAAAAUCAGUCGAAGAAGAGAAACUUGAAGACAAGAAAGAAAAACAGACGGAGUCCGCCAUUGAUAAAAAAUCCCAAAAGGCUGAGGUGUCCGAAACUGUCUCCGAAAAGAUUACUGAUGAGACGGCAGAAGAAAGCAAAAAGGAGGAGGUUAAGGACGCUGAAGCCAAGCCUAAGAAACCUAAGCUUUCAGAGAAGAAAUCAAUCGAAGAAGAGAAAUUGGAUGAAAAGAAAGAAAAGCAGACGGAGACUAAGGAAGUUACUCAUACCAAAUCCCAAACGGCUGAGGUUUCUGAAUUCGUUUUGGAAAAGAUAUCGAAAGAGAACACAGAAGAAAGCCUAAAGGUUGAACUUAAGGACUCUGAGGCCAAAUCAAAAAAGACGAAGGUCCUGGAGAAGAAGUCAACCUUCAAAGUGGAACUUAAUGAGAAUAACCAAAAACAGAAGGAGGACGGUGCUACUAACAAAUCCCAAGAGAAGGUUGCCGAAAUAAAAACUCCCGAGUCUAAGGACUCAAAGGCUAAAUCUAAAAAUUCGGCUGCACUGAAGAAGAAAUCAGUUGAUGAAGAGAUACGUGGUUCAAAGGAGCCAAAACCAGAUGGAAUUCCUGCCGAUGAAAAGAGUCACGGGGCUAAGAUUCUGGAUUCUGUAAAGAAUGAAGCUGAGAAAACAGAUCAACUUGCAGCAAAGAAACCAAGUGUUCUGGAUGAGGAUCUAGUUGUUCCAAAACGAAAGCCAUAUGAGGCUGAACAAAUGGCAGAUUCUGUUAGCCUGCAAACGUACAAGUCCAUGGACUCCGAGUACAAGGACCGAAAGGAAUCCCGAAGUGCCAAGCGGAAGCCCACUGUUGACAUCCAACUAACCAAUCGAAACACCGCGUCUGGCAGCGACCUCAAGCUGACUUGUGGGCUAUCGGGUCACGAGAUGAAUGUGCAAUGGUUCAAGGAUAACUGCCCCAUCGAGAAUGGUGCCAAGUACAGGAGAACAUUGAACGACGGACUGUCGUGCCUUGAAAUCAAAUCGGCCGAACUGGGUGACUCUGGCAUUUACCGAUGCAUAGCGUCCAAUCAAAAUGGAGAAGUCGAAACUAGCUGUCUUGUGACUAUAUACGAAGCACCUUCAAGUAAAUUUGGCACUCCGCCCAUAUUUACACGCAACAUUAGAGAUGCAUAUCAUUCCCAGGGUAACCAGCUCACAUUGGAGUGCAAGGUAUCUGGCAGUCCAAAGCCACAUAUUUACUGGCAGAGGGAUAAUACCCUACUGCCCAUUGAGGGCACCAAGUACCAGUAUGAGGAGCAAAGCGACGGAGUGAAACUCCUGACCAUUAACAACUUUGGCAGCAAUGAUUCCGGCUUGUAUACUUGCUAUGCGGAGAGUGAAAAUGGCCAAAUGAAGAUCAGCAAAUUCGUGCAGGCCUCUGAUUAUGUUAGAGAGAGAAAUGUCGAUAAGAAACCGAUUGACAAGGUCAUCCAGGAGAUCAAACGGGAUGAAUCCUCCAGUGCCGCAGCGAACGACACUGCAGCCGCCAAGGCCAAGGCUCGUGAGGCAAAGUUGCGACUGAAUCUGGAGACCAGCUUAAAGACCAUGACCAUCGGAAGUAGUAAUAAGGCUCAGCUCAUCUGCUAUGUGACUGGCAUCAUCGAGGAUGUUCACUGGCUAAGGAACGAUGAGCGGGUGACGAAGGAUGCCCGCCACAAGAUCUACAACAUAAACGGAGCCAUCAGCCUAGAAAUCUAUGAUGCCCGGGUGGAAGACAGUGGCCACUACCGAUGUGUGGUGAAGAACAGCCGGCAGACGGUGGAAAGUGCUGGUCAGCUAAGUGUGCUGGAUCAGUCCACGGGAAAGUUGCCGGAAAGCUUCUCCAGUGGUAUUAUAGAAUCCUACGAUGAUCAGCGUAAUGAGAUCGUUCUUAGUUGCCAGGUGAUUGGACGCCCGAGUGUCAGCUGGAUGCGUGAUGAUCACUCCAUAUGCAACAACCGGUACAGGACAAUAGAAGAACCAGGUGGUGUAAGAAAGCUGGUAAUACGCAAUCCCAUAUCCUCCGAUUGUGGCAUCUUCGCCUGCUAUGCAGAGCACGAGGAUCGGAUUGACUCCAUUAGCGUCACCAUCAAGGCGGCCGAUCUUAAGCGCCUGAUUAACGUCAGUAAGGAGGAGAUUCCAAGCAUCGGCGAUCAUGAGAGCACGCCUUGGUCACGUAGCCAGUCGCAUUUGAGUUCCGGAAGCCAGGUUAACGGCAAUGGAGAACUUCAUCGAGCCGGAGAUCGUGUCCUGCGCAGCGUGGGCAAGGGAAAGCCACUCUUCCACACUCUACUGCACGAUCGCACUGUUUCGGAGGGAGCCAAUCUCCGGCUGCUCUGCGCCGUAUCCGGAGACGAGAAUACCCAUAUCGAGUGGUUAAAGAACCACAAGCCUCUGCCCAGGAGCGACAAUCGCUAUCAGACACUCUACCUGAAUGGAGAAGCCUCGUUGGAGAUCUUUGCUGCGGUGGCCGAUGAUAGUGGCAACUAUACCUGCUGUGCCACCAACGAUUUUGGAGAGAGUUUAACCCAUGCCCAGCUGCGGGUAUACAAACACUUCAAGGAAGCCCCAUUGCCAAGUACUUUUACGCAGCCAAUCCGAGACACAUAUUCUCUCAACGAGAAUGAGUUGGUUCUGGAUUGCCGCGUACGUGGCCAGCCGCGUCCCGAAAUCCAAUGGAUCAAGGGCACGGAGCCCAUCGAGGCCAGCGAGAAGUUCAAGCUGAGCGAUCAGGCCGAUGGCUAUGCCAAGCUGGUCAUCGUGAAUCCCACAGAGAAGGAUUCGGGCAUCUAUUGGUGUGUGGCCCGCAACGAGGGUGCGGAGAACAAGAUCUCCCAUCAGGUGGACUUCAAGGGACGCCAGCACUACUCGCUGGAGAAGACGCACGGAUUCUUCCAUCGCGAUCCCAACAAGCCGCACUUCCUGCUGCCAUUGGGCAACCAGACGGUCUGCAACGGUGGCACCGUGGCCAUUUCCGCCGAAUUCAUGGAGACCAGCACACCCAUCGAGGUCAAGUGGCUUCGCGAUCGCAGGGUGGUGGAUGGACCCAAUGUCAAGGCCCUGGCCGAUCGCGGUGUCUACACGCUGACCAUCAUGAAUGCCGGUCCCGAGGUGGAGGGCACCUAUACCUGCCGCGCCUCCAAUGCCUUUGGUCGCAUCGAAUCCAAUGUCAACGUCGAUGUGGCCGUCGGAGCCGAGAAGGAUGAGCGUCCUCCGCUGUUCCUCUCGCGACCGGACACCGAAAUGAAGAUCGCCGUCGGUGAUCCCUUCUCGCUGUCCUUCCGCAUUGCCGGCGAUCCGAAACCAAAACUGACCUUCAUGAAGGGCACGAAGGACAUUACCCAGUCGGAUCGGGUCAGCAAAGAGGUGUCUGAUGACUACACAAGAUUCUCAGUGCAGCAAGCCCAGAUCUCCGAUUCUGGCACCUACUUCGUGGUAGCCCGCAACAACUUUGGCACCGACAGGAUAUUCGUCACUGUGACGGUAAAUCCGCGCGCUCGAUCCGCGACGCCAACGCAACCACGCUGGGGUCUUCCCCUGGACAGCUAUAGCGACACCUCGUACUUCAGAGAUCCACCGGGUUGCAUUUCCACCGAGCCACUGGUCGUGGAUUCCGGACACACCCACAUCUCGUUGUCGUGGGGCAAGCCGGUUAGUGCCAACUCUGCUCCGGUGAUGGCCUACAAGGUUGAGGCCUGGGUGGUGGGUCACGAGGGCGGCGCCUACUGGCGGGAGUUGGGUCUAACGCCCAUUAACUCCUUCGACGCCUUCAAUCUGAAGCCCAACGUUGAGUACCACUUCCGAGUGACGCCCAAGAACCGAUAUGGCUGGGGACCCACCGUCCAGACCAGCAGUCCUCUCCAAGUGGGCGGUGUCGAGUGCCUGCCGGAGUUCGUCAAGAUCCUGCCUGGUCAGGCCAAGGCACUCUUAGGUUCCUCCUUCACGCUGCAGUGCAAUAUGCGUGGAGCGCCAAGGCCCCAGGUCACCUGGUUCAAGGAUGGCAUUCAGCUGAGCAGCAGUUCGGAACGCGUCAAGAUCCGGCAGAUCGGUUCGACCUGCGCCCUCACCAUUGCCACCGUCAGCGAACUGGACUCGGGUCGUUACACCUGCGAGGCAACCAACUCGAAGGGCAGGGUUUCCACAUUUGCCCGCCUCCAAGUCGUCUCUGAUUCGAGAAUCUAUGAGGCAGAUUCACGUCUGAAGGAGAUCGCCCAUGGUCGCAACGUAGCCGAUGUCGGGGACUCCCUCCCUAUCUUCACCAUGCGCCUAAGGGAUCGACGCGUCCAGGUGACCUACCCGGUACGACUCACCUGCCAGAUCGUGGGCUAUCCCGUACCAGAGAUCUUGUGGUACAAGGACGAUGAGCUCAUCCACACUGAUAGAAAGCAUCUGAUCAGCGCCGAGGGACAGUUCUUCACGCUGGAAAUUACUGCAACCACGCUGGACGACAGCGGCACGUACACCUGCCUGGCGAGAAACGAGCUGGGUUCCGUAUCCUGCCACUGCACCCUGGUGGUGGACAAGGGCAUUCGAGCGUACAUCUCACCCGAUUUCUAUGUACCCCUGGAUCCCUUCUAUAUAUUCCGCGAGGGAUCCGAAAUCCGCCUGUCCACAAAGGUCGAGGCCUAUCCAUCCGUAGGUGUCACCUGGCAUCGCAACGGAAUGCGCCUGCGACCCAGCCGUCGUCUGACCGCUACCUUGGAUUCCAAUGGUUAUGUGGAGCUCAUCAUUGCCGAGGCCACGGUGCGCGAUGCCGGAAUCUAUGUGUGCGUUGCAUCCAAUGUCGUGGGCAAAGUGGAGACCAUCUGCCGUGUAGCCAUUGAGGAGGAGGAGAACAAGGCGGUGGCUCCGCAGCGAUCCCUGGAAAUUCCCAGCAUUAAGACUGAUGAUCUGCCUUAUUCCAAGGAGCCCCUGUUUGUGGUCAAGCCCCGAUCCAGCGAGGCCUACGAGGGUGACAACGUCAUCAUAUUCUGCGAGGUGGUCGGCGAUCCCAAGCCCGAAGUCGUUUGGCUGCGCGAUUUUCUAAAUCCGGAGUACUACAAGGACGCGCCACACUUCCGGCGAAUUGGAGGCGGACCCGAGUACAGGCUGGAGAUACCCAGCGCCAAAUUGGAUUUCACCGGCACCUAUUCCGUGAUAGCCAGCAAUUGCCAUGGCGAGGCCAAGGCUGUAAUAUCGCUACAAAUAUUCGCUAAAGAUAUACUUAACAAAAGCCGCAUGGAUAAAGUGCAUACGAGACAUGGCAACAUCGAGACCCUUCCCCGAUUCGUUCGCAACUUGCGAAACCUGCGCUGUUGCGAUGGGGAUGCGAUAUCGCUGGAAUGCCACGUUGAGGCCGAUCCGGAGCCAUUCAUCAUCUGGGAAAAGGAUGGGCAUGUUGUGCCCAGCGAUCGAGACUACGUGAUGUCCUUCGAUGGGACAAAGGCCACGCUGAGCAUACCGCGCGUGUAUCCGGAGGAUGAGGGCGAGUACACGUGCGUGGCCAAGAACUCGGUGGGUCGCAGUCUCUCCUCCGCCUGCAUUAUUGUGGAUGUGCCCGAGGAGAAGGAGAAUAUGCUGAGCAGUCAGCUAGCGCGACCCAGUGGCCUGCUAUCCGCCCACUCCACUCCCCGUUCCACGCCAAGAUCCACGCCCGCCAGAAGUUUCUCUCCCCUGCGCCUCUCAUACCGCACCAGCAGCAUCGAUCUAUCCGGCGUGGCGGAACGCAGGCGUAGUGAUGCCCGGAACGCCAUUACGGCGCCCAAGUUUCUCGCCAUUCCCUACAAUCGCGUCGUCGAGGAGGGCGACAGUGUGCGCUUCCAGUGCGCCAUCUCCGGACAUCCCACACCGUGGGCGACAUGGGACAAGGAUGGCCUGAUUGUGACACCCACGCCGCGCAUUGCCGUCAAGGAAAUCGAUGACCUACGCAUCAUAGAGAUCGAUGAGGUGACCUUCGACGAUGCGGGCCUGUAUCGCGUCACGCUGGAGAACGAUUUCGGGCGUAUUGAGGCCACCGCUCGCUUGGACGUUAUCCGCAGCUCCCGCUACUCCAAAUCGCCUUCGGUGCGCAGCGUGCGUGCCUCAUCCUCCCGCCGCAAUGCCCACUUGUAUAGGCGCAUCAUGGGUCCAUCCACAGCAAUUGGCGGACGCAUGGCUCUGGCAAGUGGCUAUCGGGGUUCCUCGGUGCCCUCGGUGAGAUUCUAUCACAACGACGUGGAGCUGGACGCCUCGGAACGAGUUCACAUCCUGCUGCAGGACUCGAUGGCCCUGCUCAUAGUGGACAAUGUGACGCACGAGGAUGAGGGCCAGUACACGUGCAUCAUAAGCGGCGACCACGAUCCCCUCAUCACUUCCACCACAGUCACCUUCCACGACUCGAAUACGGAGAUUCCCAGGCGUCGUGCUGUCAUCACGGAACCACUGCCCGAGAUUACAAAAUCGCUGGAGGGCGAGGUGAUCGAUCUGUGCUGCUCCAUCGAUUGCGAUGAGCCCUACACCUACGUUUGGUUGCGAAAUGGCGAGAUUCUGCCGGACAGCGAUGAGUUCAAUUACAUUGAUCACGGCAAUGGACGCCUCUGCCUGCGUAUCAACGACGUCUUCGACAUUGACUCCGGCACCUACAGCUGUCAGGUGUUUACCAGCGACAUCAACGACUCCAACUCCGACGCCACCUUCGACUACCAUUCGAUCUGCAGCGCCAUCAACAGCGGAUGCGAUUGCAGCAGCAGCGGUGAGCUGUGCGUCCUGGAGCGGGAUCUUCGUGGCCAGGACGAGGAGUGUGUCCAGCUGCUGAAGACGCCACUUCCGGUGGUCUGCGCAUCCGGCGAUGAAGCUCUCUUCUACGCCCGUGUUUUUCCCUGCGAUGCGGAAGCCGACUGGUAUCUCAAUGGCCAGCUUUUAGCCCAGCCGGAUGACUCACUUAACAUGACGUUGGAGUCUUAUCCCGAGAACGGCAUUCGGCUUCUGCGCAUGCGUGACGUGACCGCAUCGAGAAGCGGCGAGAUCUGUCUGCAGGUGAAGCAUCCCCAGGCGGAGUCCCGUCGAAUCCCGACCACACGAACCUACACCAGCCUCCUGGUACUGCCCGCCAUCCGGGGCAACAGCUCCAGUUCCUCGCUGGCGGCCAGAAGCUGCAUUUUGACACGCCCCGAGGACUGCACCGCCCUGAUCGGUGGACAUGUUCGGCUGAGCGUUCGCUACGAGCCAUUCCCGGGCACCAAAGUCAUCUGGUACAAGGCGUGUCAUCCCAUUGUGGAGAGCUCCAAUGUGACGAUCCGGACGACGAGCCAACAGUCGACGCUCUACAUCACGGACAUCUCGGCGGACGACAGCGGCAAGUACACGGUUGAGGUGAUGAACGACUAUGGCGUGGAGGCAGCCGCUGCCUCGGUGGCAGUGGAAGGUCCUCCGGAGCCACCAAGUGGCCAGCCCAGUGUAUCGCUGGGUCCAGAUCGCGUGGCAGUGGCCUGGUGUGGUCCACCCUACGACGGUGGCUGUAUGAUCACAGGUUUUAUCAUUGAGAUGCAGACCAUUGGCGAUGAGAACUGCGAUGAGGACAGCUGGCAGCAGGUGACCCGAGUGGUGGACAGCUUAGCGUACACCGUCAAGAACCUCCAGCCGCAGAGGCAGUACCGAUUCAGAGUGCGUGCCGAGAAUAUCCAUGGACGCAGUGCACCCGGCCAGGCCAGCGAACUGGUACAGAUAACCAAUACGCCACAGAGGAGCACAUCAUCUGAUGCCAGCGAUCGUUUCGGACAGGCGACAGUUAGCGUGCAGUCUGGUGGAGAUUUCAAAUCCCGCUUCGAGAUCAUCGAGGAGCUGGGCAAGGGACGAUUUGGCAUCGUUUACAAGGUGCAGGAACGCGGUCAGCCGGAACAGCUGCUGGCCGCCAAGGUGAUCAAGUGCAUCAAGUCGCAGGAUCGGCAGAAGGUGCUCGAGGAGAUCUCCAUCAUGCGCGCACUGCAGCAUCCCAAGCUUCUCCAGCUGGCUGCCUCCUUCGAAAGUCCCAGGGAGAUUGUCAUGGUGAUGGAGUACAUCACUGGCGGAGAACUAUUCGAACGUGUGGUGGCUGAUGACUUCACCUUGACCGAAAUGGACUGCAUCCUGUUCCUGCGCCAGGUUUGCGAUGGCGUGGCCUACAUGCACGGCCAGAGUGUGGUGCAUCUCGAUCUGAAGCCGGAGAACAUAAUGUGCCAUACGCGCACUAGCCACCAGAUCAAGAUCAUUGACUUUGGUCUGGCCCAACGACUGGAUACGAAAGCACCCGUCCGGGUUCUCUUUGGAACGCCCGAGUUUAUACCACCAGAGAUCAUUAGCUACGAGCCCAUAGGUUUCAAGUCCGACAUGUGGAGUGUGGGCGUCAUUUGCUACGUGCUACUCUCGGGUCUGUCGCCUUUCAUGGGCGAUACCGAUGUGGAAACCUUCUCGAAUAUAACUAGAGCGGAUUACGACUACGAUGACGAGGCCUUCGACUGCGUUUCGCAAGAGGCCAAGGAUUUCAUCUCGCAGCUACUGGUCCACCGGAAGGAGGACCGCCUGACCGCCCAGCAAUGCCUGGAGUCCAAGUGGCUGAGCCAACGACCAGACGAUAGUCUCAGCAACAACAAGAUCUGCACGGAUAAGCUGAAGAAGUUCAUCAUUCGGCGCAAGUGGCAGAAAACCGGAAAUGCCAUCCGUGCUCUGGGUCGCAUGGCCAAUCUGUCGGUGUCGCGAAGGAACUCAGCCAUUGCUAUGGGAGUACUGAGCAGUCCAAGGCCAUCGAUAUCAGGUCUGGGCAUGCUGACCGCCAGUGCCAUUGGGGGUGGAACCAGCUCCCAGAUGACAUCGCUUCACGAAGAGGAGGAUGACUUCAGCGGCGAGAUGCCGCCAGUGGAGAAGCGCACCGUUCUCAAGCUGCGAGAUAAAUCCCAGUGCAGUGAACGCAGUGAUUCAGGCUACAGUGAGUGUUCCAACUGCAGUGGAGCCCAGGAGACGCUGCUACUCUCGCUGGCCAAAUCCAAACUGGAGGCUAUAGCGAAGGCGAGCACCUUGCCCACGGUGGUGCACGAUACGGAGCAACCCGUUAGCCUGGAGCUGCCCACCAAGGGCGAGGCCAUCAUGCGCUCCGACUUUACCAACACCAUCAAGAUGCGCAAGAAGUCACUGGAGGACAGCGCUGCGCGGGAGAAACCCAGGUCCAAGCCCCAGGUCAAGCCGCUCCUAUGUGAGUCCAAGCUGAAGGUGUCCCAGCUGAAGGACAGGUUCCAGGUGUCCCCUGCUCCUGCUUCUGCAUCUGCAUCCGCUGCUAACAAACCUCCGCUUGCCUUUGGGCCCUUCAAAAUAGCCAAGGUGGCGAGUGUGGGACGCAUCAGUAGAACAGAGGAGUCGGGAAGGAGCGGUAGAGGCACACCCAGUGGAUCUGGCAAAGGCAAGCCACCCCAGGUGCGUUCCAUGCCCAGCUCUCCGCUGCCCCAGCGAUCCGCCACGCCGACGCGGCUGAUGAGCCAACGUGUCCGCGAGGCGGCCGAGCGUCUUGCCCAACAGCACACGGUGGUCAGUGCUCAGCGGCACUUGGGCAAUGGGAGGGGCACCGGCACUGGCAAUGGAAAUGGCAACAGCAAUGGCAAUGGCAAUAGUAAUGGCAAUAGUAAUGGCAAUGGUAAUGGGAACACGGCGGAGACGAAUCGCGAAUCACGCGCGCGACGUCUCAUCAAGCGAUUCAAUAGCGAAACGCAGCAUAUCACGUCCUAGUUUAAGUCGGUUAAAUGCCGACGAGCAUAACUUUAUUACAGAUAAAGCAGAUAUA